UAAAAUGACGCAAUCGUCCGACAGAUGCUGGCCCUUGUCCGUUGAACAGGCGUGGAUCUGCUGUAGCUCUUCUGAGUGGAGGACGUUCACUUUCUGUGUUUACCUGUGUUUAUCGCAUUCAGUCUGACACAGUUCGCGCGGACCAGCUUUGUCACCUUGGAGGAAAACGGCCACGGUGAAGAACGAGGAUGUUUAAAAAAUUUGAUGAGAAGGAGAAUGUGUCGAACUGCAUCCAGCUGAAAACGUCAGUGAUUAAAGAUAUCAAAAAGCAGCUGUUGAACCAGUUUCCUGAUAUCGAGUCAUGGCUCAAUCACAUAAUGCCCAAAAAGGACCCAGUGAAAAUAGUGAGAUGCCAUGAGCACAUUGAAAUCCUGACAGUGAAUGGAGAGCUGCUUUUCUUCAGACAGAGAGAUGGACCAUUCUAUCCGACCCUCAGACUGUUGCAUAAAUAUCCCUUCAUUCUUCCCCACCAGCAAGUAGACAAAGGAGCCAUUAAAUUUGUCUUAAGUGGUGCCAACAUCAUGUGCCCCGGGUUGACGUCACCAGGCGCGAAGCUCUACCCUUCUGAAGCCACGACAGUAGUUGCCAUAAUGGCUGAGGGUAAACAACAUGCACUGUGUGUUGGCGUUAUGAAGAUGUCUGCGGAAAGCAUAGAAAAAGUCAACAAGGGAAUCGGAAUUGAGAACGUUCACUAUCUGAACGAUGGACUGUGGCACAUGAAGACGUAUAAAUGAUGACAUCGGCACACACAAGCCCUCCCUCCCUCCCCUCCACCGGACACCAUGACGCUCUUGACAGUGGGGCAUGAGCUGCCAGUCAACUGUUUACACCUAUGGACUUAGCCGUGUAACCUGCUGGAGGCUCUGAAUCAAAUCGCCAUUAUGCACAAAUAAGAGAAAGAUCUUUUUUUUUUUUGCAUUGGAUCCAAUUAAAGAUGCUCAUGUUA